AUGUGCCAUGUUCCUAUGCCGUGUUCUACGGAACCUUUCCAAUUGAGGCUCCGUUGGCCCUUUUAUGCGCGCCUUGCCGCUUUGAUCUUCGCCGAGUCUGAUCCCAAAACCUAUAUUGAGUAUGAGAUGAUGAUUGACACAUCACGGGGAAGUGACGCAGCCCUCACGGAGCGCUGGAGCAAUGUUGGGAAAUGGGAAGCACUGGCGGCCUUGGACAUCGCAGUUCUCGCUCUCCACGCCACAGGCGGUAUCAGAGCAAGGUCCGGUGUACGGUGCCUGCGCGGCGACGGCGGCCACGAGGGUGAAGACGGUGAAGAAGAUGCCACGCAUAGUUUCUAG